ACGAAAUAUUGUGACAUUGUGAAUUUUAACAAUGACACAAUUUACAAAGGCACAAUGGUACAGUAUAAUGAUAUUGUCUUGUGCCUACGGUAUGUUUGCAAAUCACCACGAUGCCAUUGUUACUCUUGAAGAUCUGGAAAAUUCCUACAGUUCUCUGGAGGAAGAAUUACAAGAGAUAGGAGCGUAUAUGCAAAGUAUCACCAACGUAUGCAAGGAAACCUUCCCAAGGUCAUUCAAAGCUGAACUGAAUGCGAUUCGAACACCUGAAGACAAAGUGGCUCUCCAAUAUAUAGCGACACAACGACAGGAUCGUGUUCCUGCUGACGGAUCAAUUUCCCUAUUGUUUUCGCCAACAAUUACCUUCACCACAACUCCUCUAACAACACCAACAACGUCAACUACACCAACAACGUCAACUACACCAACAACGUCAACUACGCCAACAACGUCAACUACACCAACAACGUCAACUACACCAACAACGUCAACUACGACAGCUCCGACCACCACAACUCCAACAACUACACCAACACCACCACCAACAACAACAGCGACAUAUACCACAACCACAACUCCAACAACAACAUCAUCUACAACGACACCUACCACAACCACAACUCCUACUUCUACAACAACACCAACCACAACUACGACACCUACCACAACAACUACAACUCCAACAACAACACCAACCACAACUACAACACCUACCACAACAACAACCACAACACCAACAACAACCACAACACCAACAACAACCACAACACCAACAACAACCACAACUCCAACAACUACAACGUUACCCACUACCACUGAACGUGUCAUACCACCGGUUGUUUUCCAUGCGUCUUUGACGAAUCUGUAUCCUAUCAUGAGUCCUAAACAAGUUAUUGUGUUCGACCGAGUAAUCACCAAUGUAGGUCAUGCAUACGACAGCAACUUUGGACUGUUCAAGAUACCGUAUAACGGAUUAUAUGAGUUUAUAGUAACUGUUGCUGCUGCUCAAGGCCAUUUUGUGGAUGUCAUGUUGAUGAAGAAUAAUGCUAUCCUAUGUAAGGCGCAUGCGUCGAUACCAGAUCAGGGAAUCGGUAUGUGUGUAGCAAUUGUACACGUAACCAAAGAUGACGAUAUAUUCGUCCGCCAUCUCAAUGGAAUAGGGACACACCUGAGUGGACGUGACGGUUAUACGUCCUUCUCGGGACAUAUGAUCAGUGCAGAUAUCAAUAACUGAUAUUAAAUAAAAUCAGGUUUAAAUUAAUGAGGAUUUCGUUAUUUCAUGAUGUUUGUCAUGUUUAUCAUGAAACAUCCUUUUAAUGUUUCAUUAGGUUGAAUGUGAAAUAUAGUUUGAUAUCAUAUGAUAAUGAACCGACGUCAGAAGCAUAUGACAUUACAAUGGACAGAAUAUGUGAGCUUUGCUAUCACAAUAAGUAGCAGU